AUGCUGGGUUUGCUUCAAGCCCUCUACGCAUGUAGCGUCUUCCACGAUGAUAUCGGAAGAUCAACGCAGUCUAAAGAAACAAAGGACUUCUUCUAUACCUGCGUAGGUCAUUUGGCCGAUCCAAACUUCGCUAUCCCCGAUAAGGAUGAGGUUGCGGCUUUAGAGGCUCGUAAGAAGGCCGAGCUGAAUGCAGAAAUUGAGAAAGUCAAGAAGGAAUACGCCGAAAAGAUGAAAAGGAAAGCGGAGAAGCGAAAGGAAAGCGGAAAGGACGAAGGCAGCGGAGAAAAAUCGAACGAAGAAGAGAAGAAACGCACGGAAGCUGACAAAGUGGAUGAGAAGGAACGUGAUGAGAAGAUCAAAAUUCUUGAAAACAGCACAGGAACCCCUAACACAGAUGGUGGGAUUCGAAUAUACAACCUGCACAAGACAUUCUACUUACAGCGACUAAACAAUAUUCGUAAUGCUGAAAAUGCGAAGCGCAAUCUUGAACGCCUCGUUGCUUUACCCCAAACCCCAAAUCGGGAUCCAGCCUAA